AUGCGGUUCAAACUUGCGGAUUCAUUGAGCCUCUUCACCGUUCAGCUCAUCUUGGCUACCUCGACUCUCGCUCUUAGUAUUCAUGGAGUAUCAUCGCAAAAACACGGCCCCGACCCGAGCGCGCUGUCACCGAAGGGCAUUUCAUUACCCUUCUUCGCGACUUUGGAACGUCUAUCACGACUUGUGGAUAUCGCCUACUGCAUCGGCACAACAGGUGUAAGAAAACCAUUCAACUGCGUAUCACGAUGCAACGACUUCCCUAGUCUGUCUCUCAUCAACACAUGGAACACUGGCCCUUUGCUAAGCGACAGCUGCGGAUAUAUUGCGGUAGACCAUGGGGUGACGCAGCAUGGUGACAGCGGUGACUUGACCGCCGGCGAGCCUGCUAUCGUGGUAGCCUUUCGCGGGACCUACAGUAUUGCCAAUACGAUUGUCGACUUGAGCACUGUACCUCAGGAAUAUGUACCGUAUCCAUCACCAGAUCAUGGUGGCGAUGAGCUCCCUGACGAACCUGAGCAUACGUGCACGAAUUGUACUGUACACAUGGGCUUUCUCCAGUCAUGGAAGAACACUCGACGGUUUAUUCUUCCACAACUAAGACAGUUAAGGUUACAAUAUCCCUCUUAUCCGAUACAACUCGUUGGGCACAGCCUAGGAGGCUCUGUUGCCUGCCUCGCUGCACUGGAGCUCAAGGUGUCGUUGGGAUGGGAAAACGUUAUAGUCACCACGUUUGGUGAACCACGCAUCGGAAACGAAGGCCUUGCCCGCUUCGUGGACGAAGUGUUUCAUCUCAAUGAUGAAAGUAAUCUAGAAGGGCGUGGAUUCAGGCGGGUGACUCAUAAAGAGGACCCUGUGCCUCUUCUGCCUCUGAGUGAAUGGGGUUACAAGUCACACGCAGGCGAAGUAUACAUUGCGAAGCAGGAAUUGACCCCAUCCGAAUCUGAUAUUUAUAUAUGUAUCGGCGAUGACGAUCCAAAGUGUAUAGCAGGGGCAGAUGAUUCCUUAUGGAUGACGAUCCGUCGGCUGUUUCAAGCCAAAAACCUUUUGACGGCCUCGGACAAGUUGGCGGAGCUGAAUGGGUUCCCUUCGAGAUUCAAGCUGUGGCAGCUCUUGUUUGCGCACCGGGACUAUUUCUGGAGAUUGGGUCUUUGUGUACCUGGAGGUGAUCCCGCAGACUGGGGCCGAGGGCUAUAUCAAGGCUUAGGCCCAGAUACUGAGGAACUAUAA